AUGGGUUUGAAAAUGAAUGCAAAGGACAUUCAACUUCAUUUGUUAAGAAUGUAUCAUGUUUCAACUGAGUCUAGUUACAUGUUUAUACGAAGGCAUCCACGAUUUUCAUGUAUUUUUUCGGUAUGCUUCGUCAUAUAUGUAUUCCUUUCGUACAUUUACACGUUCUUGGCUUAUAUGUCACCUUUUCUUGUAUGUGGUGCAAUUUUCUUGAGAAUUUUUUGGAGUUCUGAGAAAACACAACUAAGGUAUGUGAAAAUAGAUGAGAAAAAGGAAGAGCAAGAAAAGAAAGUUGAACCAAAAGUUCAACAACCAAAGAUACCAUUACCAAACAAUAUUGUAAGACCUGAACAAAUUCUUUUUAGGUAUCCAUCACAAAAUGCAACAAGUAGAAGGAGAAAUUUGAGAGAGAAAAAAUGGGAUGUGUAUGGUGGAUUAGAAGAAAAAGCUAAGGAUUUAUCAGAAGUUUUUCAAAAUGAGUUCACUAGUAAAAGAAACAUUGAACAUUUUAAGAAAGGAGAGAGUUCUUUGUAUUAUGGUUUAUCAUCAGGUAGACGAACUCAUCAAGCUUCUAAGAGAUCAACAUUAAGAUCUGAGCCAUCAAUGAUUGAUCUUGUUGAAGUUGUCGAUACAGAAAUCGAGAUAGAAAAGAUGGAAGACGAAGACGAAGAAGAAGAUGCAAAAGAGGAUGUGAAAAAUGCUAUUGAAUGGACAGAAAAUGAUCAGAAAAAUUUGAUGGAUCUUGGAAAUUCUGAGAUGGAAAGAAAUAGAAGGCUUGAGAGUCUUAUAGCUAGAAGGAGAGCAAGAAAAUUGUUGAAGUUGCAAGUUGAGAAUGGUUUAAUCGAUAAAAAAUCAUUGAAACCAAGUUUUAUGUCACCUUUGAAUAUUAGAAGAAAUAGUUCUGAUAUUGAUGAUUUAGAAAUGCCUGGUUCUGCUCCUUCUAUCAUGCCAAGGAGUCCUUAUGAUAUUCCUUAUGAGCCUUUCGAGGAGAGACCAAAUCUUACUGGUGAUGGUUUUCUUCAAGAGUUUACAGGUCAUUAUCAUCAUAAGGAUGUACCAUUUUGUAGGCAUGAAAGUUUUAAUUUAGGUUCAGAUUUUUCAUCAGAAAGCAGACAAGAACGCGGAACUAGAUCUUACUCAAGAUUCAAAAGCCUUCCAGAUAAAGGAAAUCAUGACUGGCUAAUUGACCAGUUGAUCUACAAUGAAGAGGGUGAACUUAGAAUUCAAGAACCAAAACCACUGAACAAUGGAGAGGAAACAAAACAUGAAGAAGAUGAAAAAUGUAAACCUGAUAUGGAUGACAUAAAAAAUGUGAAAGUGGCGACUGAUCAUGAUAAAAAAUCCAUGUCAGGUCAAAUAAGUGAAUCAAACUUAAUAGCUCCAAAAGUCUCAAAUGUUGAAGCUAGUGUUUCACAAAAGCCAGGGUCAGGGCCGACACUAAGGUUUUCGUUUUCUCGUGAGAGACUCUUUAAUUUACCAGUUUCUUCUACCGAUACAACACCUGUGAAUGAAUCUAUGUUUGACAUUAUUCCAUCUCCAAUUGAUAAAAGGCAAGAAACUAUGUUCUUAACUGAUCGGCGCAUUUGUCAUACGCCAACAUAUUCUAUAGCUUCUGAUUUACAAGUAGAAGUUUCUGAAGUUGGUUCACCUACAUCAACAGUUGAUGAUAGUGAUAGAGAUUCCGCGUUAUAUGAUGGAGAUAUUGAUAAAGGUGUUAGUUCUGGAAGUGAAGAUUUGUGGGGAGCCUCAUUCCAUGGAAGAGCUGUUGCUAGAAAUGAGGAGGAUAAUAUUGGUGAAGAUGUGUCAAAGGUUGUUUCACCUAUUUCUUUAAGACAAAUAGAUGAAGAUGUGGCUGAUGUAAGCUCGUAUUCUUCAAGAGACGAAGGACCUGAUGAUACUCCAACUUGUUGUGCUGUAAAUACCGAUCAGAAUGUCUUCGGUAAUUAUAUGGAAUACUCUGAGGGGAAAUAUGAAAUGCCUCAAUCUUCCAAUUCUUCUGAUGGGACAGCACCUCAAAACGAGUUGAUAGGUAGCUCUACCGAUCAAUUUCCUAAUGAAACACACCAAAAAAAACAACAGGAGGGGAACAACCUGUCAGAGAAUUCAAUUAAUCAAUCACAUGUUAUCAAUAAUGUGAAUAACUCAGAAACCAUAGAGCUAGGUAACACAGAGAAUUCAACAAAUAGUGAAGAUCCUACUCCUACCACGUCGGUUAUAAGGCAAGAAUCACUUGAUGAAGGCUCUAACGAAUCAAUUUCAUCAUCACCAAGGUCUGUGUUACCAGACACAACCAAAUCAGAUGAAGAUUCUUCGCCGACUUUUAAUCUACAGAUGGAUAUAGGUUCUCCACCAUCUAACAUGGAGGAUACGACACAAGAAACUUUGAAUCAUGAUGAACAUACACAUGACACCAUGCCUCAAAAUAUUCAGCCUUUGGUGGAUGAUAUCAUUGAUGAAUCCCGUAACGUUGACUUCAAUCAUUCCCAGGAGCAUACAAUCAUGGAGAAUUCCAUUGAAAAAUCAAAUAUCUAUAGAAACAUAAAUAGCAGUGAAAGUAGUGAAGACAGUUCUACUCACCAAAUUAACCAAGAGACUACUUCAGAGGCCACCAAACAAAUCAAUGAGAUGGAAACUACGGAGAAUAUGGAUGAAGAAUCAAGAGAUUUAGCUGAUGAUAAAGUGCCAUCAACAGAGCUGGUUGAAGAAAAUAAACAUGAAAUAGCAGCAAAUGGUAAUGUCAACGAGGAGUUACCACAAUCAGAAAUCCCCGAUCCAAUGGUCCGGGACAAAGAAACAAUUGAUGAAAAUAAAAAUGAUAUAGCAGCGAGUAGUAACGUCAACCAGGAGUUACCGCAACCAGAAGUCCCCGGUCCAAUGCUUAGCAACAAAGAAACAAUUGAAGAAAAUAAAAAUGAAAUAGCAGCAAGGGGUAACGUCCACGAGGAGUUAACGCAGCCAGAAGUCCCUGAUCCAAUGGUUUGCGACAAAGAAACCAUUGAAGAAAAUAAAAAUGAAAUAGCAACACGUGGUAACAUCAACGAGGAGUUUCCGCAACCAGGAGUCCCCGAUCCAAUGGUUUGCGACAAAGAAACAAUUGAAGAAAAUAAAAAUGAAAUUGCAACAAGAGGUAAUAUCAACGAGGAGUUACCGCAACCAGGAGUCCCCGAUCCAAUGGUUAGCGACAAAGAAACAGUUGAAGAAAAUAAAAAUGAAAUAGCAGCAAGUGGUAAUGUCAACGAGGAGUUAGCACAAUCAGGAGUUUCUGAUCCAAUAGUUCGCGACAAAGAAACAAUUGAAGAAAAUAAAAAUGAAAUAGCAGCAAGUGGUAACAUCAAUGAGGAGUUACCGCAACCAGGAGUUUCCGAUCCAGUGGUUCGCGACAAAGAAACAAUUGAAGAAAAUAAAAAUGAAAUAGCUGCAAGUGGUAACGUCAACAAGGAGUUACUGCAUUCAGGAGUCCCCGAUCCAAUGGUUCGUGACAAAGAAACAAUUGAAGAAAGUAAAAAUGAAAUAGCAGCAAGUGGUAACAUCAAUGAGGAGUUACCGCAACCAGGAGUUUCCGAUCCAGUGGUUCGCAACAAAGAAACAAUUGAAGAAAAUAAAAAUGAAAUAGCAGCAAGUGGUAACAUCAAUGAGGAGUUACCGCAACCAGGAGUCCCCGAUCCAAUGGUUCGGGACAAAGAAACAGUUGAAGAAAAUAAAAAUGAAAUAGCUGCAAGUGGUAACGUCAAUGAAGAGUUACCGCAUUCAGGAGUCCCCGAUCCAAUGGUUCGCGACAAAGAAACAAUUGAAGAAAAUAAAAAUGAAAUAGCAGAAAGUGGAAACAUCAAUGUGGAGUUACCGCAAUCAGGAGUCCCUGAUCCAGUGGUUCGCGACAAAGAAACAAUUGAGGAAAGUAAAAAUGAAAUAGCAGCAAGUGGUAACAUCAAUGAGGAGUUACCGCAAUCAGGAGUCUCCGAUCCAAUGCUUCGAGACAAAGAAACAAUUGAGGGCCAUGCAGAGGAUUCAUGA